AUGGGCUCUUUCUGGAGCUUCCUUGUGUCCUACCCUGAGGUAUACCUAUCCAUCAGCUGCUUCUUGUGCAUAUCCCUCAUCCGCCUCAUCCGGCGGUGCCAAAAGAGUGACAUCCCAGUGAACUGGCCUGUCGUGGGUAUGCUUCCCUUCCUCUUGAGGAAUAUGUACCACAUUCAUGACAAGGUUGCAGGUUUCCUUCAUGAGGCGGGGUGGAACUCCAUGGUCUUUGGCCCAUGGUUCCUCAACAUGAAUUUCUUCGUGACCUGCGACCCCGCCACUGCCAACCACUGCCUCAAUGCCAACUUCAAGAAGUAUCCAAAAGGCAAUGACUUUGCCGAGAUGCUUGAUUUCCUGGGUGGUGCGAUCCUUGUGUCGGACUUUGAGUCCUGGGAAUAUCAGCGUCAUAUGGUGAUGGUCAACCUUGGCUCCCGUGUAUUUAGAUCCUUCGCCAUGUCCACCAUCACGAGGAAGGCCAGCACGACCUUGUUACCCUACCUUGAUGACAUGGCUAAGCUCGGCUCGGAGGUCGAGCUGGAGGGCGUCUUCAUGAGGUUCUUUCUUGAUGUCACGUACACCAGUGCUUUCGCAACUGACCUUGACUGCUUGUCUAUGUCUCGCCCGAUCCAUGCGUUCGGCCAAGCCACAAAGGAAGUGGAGGAGGGGGUGCUGUUCAGGCACAUGAUGCCACCGAGCUUGUGGAAGUUCUUGAGGGUGCUCAAUGUUGGGAGCGAGAAGAAGAUGGCGAAUGCAAGGGUGGUGAUCGACAGGUUCAUCUAUGAGGAGAUCGCCAAGCGGAAGACAAAGCGGAACAAGGAAAGCCAGGGAGACGUGCUCUCCUUGUUGAUGAAGUGGCCCAUGGAUCCCAGCAUGAGCGAGCAGCAGAUGACCCUGUUCCGGCGUGACACGGUCAUGGCGUUCAUCUUCGCCACAAAGGACCUCAUUGCUGUGACGCUCACGUGGUUCUUCUACAUGAUGUGCAAGCACCCGCAUGUCGAGGCGAGGAUCCUUGAGGAGGUCAAGGCCCUGCAGAGCACUACGUUGCCAGGGAACCUCUCGGUCUUCGAGGGUGACAUGCUCCGGCGUGCUAUUUACCUCCAAGCUGCGCUCCUGGAGACACUCAGGCUCUUCCCGGCAGCCCCAUUCGAGGAGGUGGAGGCCUGCGCCGACGAUGUCCUGCCAAAUGGUGCCAGGAUAAGCAAGGGUACAAGGAUCGUCUUCUCGAUCUACGCCAUGGGGAGGGCUGAAGGGAUAUGGGGCAAGGAUUGCCUGGAAUUCAGGCCGGAGCGGUGGGUAUCGAAGAGCGGCGGUCUCCGCCACGUGCCAGGCUACAAGUUCCUCGCCUUCAACUCCGGGCCCAGAAGUUGCGUGGGGAAGAACCUUGCCUUGAGCAACAUGAAGAUGGUAGCUGCUUCCAUCAUUUACAACUUCAAGAUGGAGCUGGUGGAAGGCCAUACCGUGAUGCCUCAAAGCUCGAUCGUACUGCACACAAGGAACGGGGUCAUGGUUAGGCUCAAGAGAAGGGAGGCAGCUGCUUGAUUUUUACUGCUAUCUGUCCUU